AUGAAUAAAAUGCAUUUAUUCGCACAUCUAUUGAUAGCGGUGAUAUGUUUGGCACAACUCAAUGGUCAACCGACACAACAUCCAGACAAAGAUUACAUCCAUUUCUGCGAUGCUUUUGCUGACAAUUCAUACAAAUUUCAAAACACAGCGCAAGUCAUGUAUGAAAUAGAAAUGAAUGUCAUAAUCGGUAAACAGAUGUGGGUUUUCACCGCUAAUCCAACCGAUGUCUCAAUCAGUGACUAUUAUAUUCCUGUGAACACAACGGAUCCCAAUCUAAGCUAUAUAAUCACAAUCACAUUCAAUGGGUCCCCAACUGUUGGACAUUAUUAUCUCAAUGGGGGUAAUAUAUCAAUCCGCUGGACUGAUAACCCGGCCGUCACGGGUGCGGUCACUAAUUUCUCAUUACCGCCGGGGUUUGAGUCGUCCAUCCCUUUCCAACUCACCGAUACGUUUGUUUGCUUUUUGAGUCAACCAAAGUCGGCUCAAAAUCAGCAGUUUAUGCGAAACUAUUGUUGUUAUGAUUUCGGUGUCGAUAUCAAUAAACCAGUGUUAAUGCCCGGAUAUUUGUCACAAGACAAAAUGCAAUUCUUCGCACAUCUAGUGAUAGGAGUGAUAUUUUGGCCACAAUUGAAUUGUCUCAUAACAAACCACUCAGACAUCGGUCACAUCCAGUUCUGCAAAGCUCUGGAUGACAAUCAUACCAGUCAAUCAACCAAUCAGUUGACGCGAUCAGCAAAUUUGCCGGCUGAAUAUGAUUCGGCAAUUUAUUUCCUUUCACACGAUUCCCAACGAAGUGAUUGUUUAUUGAGUCAAACAGAGCCCACACCGACUGACCAUCAGUUUGUGAGAAGAUAUGGUUGUUUUCCCCGUCGGUUUGAUGUAAACGAUAAAACACUGAUUCCCCGUCUGACUGAUGGCACUCAAAGUGCGAAUCAAGUGAUCGGUAUUAUGGGACCAAUCGGUGGAACAAUUCCUCGAUAUAUAUUCUUCUUCAAAGAGGACACAGAUAUCACUGUAUAUAAUGUCUAUUACCAGACGUCUCUGUCACUCGGCGGUCGUUGUGUCGUACGGUGUCUGGUGUGGUGUCGGGUCAAGAAUAUGGCUAAAUUAAUUAUGCCUAAUUGGUCGACGCCUACAGUACUGACAAAAACUCUUGAGCUGAAAUGUCCAAUCAGUGCGGAGGAUGUCAGCGAUAAUCUGGUGACAUGGAUUAGGAAACGUGACGGACAUAUACUGAGCAUUGAGCGCAUUAAAUACACGGUUGACCACAGGUUUACACCCAUUCACGACGGGAACCAUUGGGUGCUGAAGAUAGACAAUGUGACCACCGGUGACGCCGGCGUAUACCAGUGCCGGCUCACCAAUUCUCGCACCAGAAACUUUAUUGAAAACACGACAACCGCUUUCAGAGUCAACGUAUUUGACUCUUACCACACAAACAAAGAGGAGAUAAUAAACGUAUUAAAUAUAUUGGAUUUGGACUCCGAGGAGCAAAACAAGAAGAUCGAGGAGUUCUUGGAGAGAGCGGAGGACAUCAUCCGUAAGGCGGAGGACUCGGACGGGACGCUGAAUCCGGCGAUGAUUGUCAACGAGUUUCUUCCGGAUCCGAUGGUUGUCAAAGACUUUAAUAUCUCGGAGUCGGGCGGACUGACCACGUUCGAGGGCAAACUCACCAACAUGACCAUCCACGGCCUCAAACAGCUCAAGAUCAGUAAUAUAUCAUUCAAUUUGGGUUUAAUACAACUGAAAGUCCAAAUGGAUUUGCCUGUCAUUAGUCUUCAGGGACUCUACGAUAUCGAUGGAAGGAUUAAUAAUGGGGAAAAACCACAGCCGACCAUCUGGGCUCACAAUGACCAGCUCUAUAAGAACGUUAAUACCGGAAGUGCGAUUAAUAAACAGUUACUGACGGCUAAGAUAUAUGGACCAAACGAUGGACGUAUUGGCCAGACAUGUCGGUCAGAAUACGGAUUAAAUCACCCGCUAUACAUAGAUUCAGAUAAACUGUAA